AUCGUCGAAACAAACAUAGGCGAUAACGUGACUGCUACGUUAGAUACAUCUUGCUAGCAAGCUACCUUGCAACAAAUUAACUCUCAACUUUUUUAAAUUUCAAAAUACAUAGGGAAUUUUUCCAGUUAUCUACAUGAUUCAGUCACGGGUUUAAUUCAUUAAUAAUUGUGAUUACAAACGCACAAUGGAAGUUGAAAACAGACUUAAAAAGAGAGGUCAUGGCGAGGAUGGGAAGUCCGCCUCUGAGGGCGAGGAGGCUGAGGACUACGUACCGUAUAUUCCCGUCAAGCAGAGGAAAAAGGAGAUGUUGGACAAGAUCCAGCGUCUGCGAGGGAAAGGGUUGCUGGAGGAGGAGAACAAGGACAGCGGUGGGGAGCAGAGGGAUGAGGACGAAGGGCUCGGCCCACGCUCAAACGUCAGCCUGCUGGACCAGCAUCAGCACCUCAAGGAGAAGGCAGAAGCUCGCAAAGAAUCCGCCAAAGAGAAGCAGCUGAAGGAGGAAGAGAAGAUUUUGGAGAGUGUGGCAGAAGGGAGGGCUUUGAUGUCGGUAAAGGAAAUGGCUAAAGGCAUCACAUACGAGGACCCAAUCAAAACAAGUUGGAAGCCUCCUCGCUACAUCAUGGGCAUGCCCCCAGCAAGACAUGACAGGGUAAGGAAGAAAUAUCACAUUCUUGUGGAUGGGGAAGCGGUUCCUCCACCAAUCAAGAGCUUCAGGGAAAUGAAACUCCCUCAAGCUAUAUUGAAGGGACUGAAAAAGAAAGGAAUCGUUCACCCAACACCUAUUCAGAUCCAAGGAAUCCCAACCGUUCUUUCUGGCCGAGACAUGAUUGGCAUUGCGUUCACUGGCUCGGGGAAGACGCUGGUCUUCUGUCUGCCCAUCAUCAUGUUCUGUCUGGAGCAGGAGAAGAGGUUGCCCUUCAACCAGCGAGAGGGGCCUUAUGGCCUCAUCAUAUGCCCAUCGAGAGAGUUGGCCAGGCAGACCCACAGCAUCAUUGAGAUCUACUGCAAGCUGCUGGAGGACGAGGGAGCGCCCAACAUGCGCAGCGCCCUCUGCAUUGGAGGCAUGUCUGUCAAGGAGCAGAUGGAGGUGGUCAAGCAUGGAGUGCACACGAUGGUGGCCACCCCAGGCCGACUCAUGGACCUGCUCCAAAAGAAGAUGAUCAGCUUGGACAUCUGCCGCUACCUCGCCCUGGACGAGGCUGACAGAAUGAUUGACAUGGGUUUUGAAGAGGACAUCCGAACCAUCUUCUCCUAUUUCAAGGGUCAAAGGCAAACCUUGCUGUUCAGUGCUACCAUGCCCAAGAAGAUUCAGAACUUUGCCAAGAGUGCCCUGGUCAAGCCAAUCACCAUCAACGUGGGGCGAGCAGGUGCUGCCAGCUUGGACGUUAUUCAGGAAGUGGAGUAUGUGAAAGAAGAGGCGAAAAUGGUGUACCUUUUGGAGUGUCUGCAAAAAACUCCCCCACCAGUGCUGAUAUUUGCUGAAAAGAAGGCAGAUGUGGACGCCAUUCAUGAGUACCUUCUUCUUAAGGGCGUGGAAGCCGUUGCAAUCCAUGGAGGGAAAGAUCAAGAGGAGCGAACCAAAGCCAUUGAGGCAUUCAAAGAGGGCAAGAAGGAUGUGUUGGUGGCCACCGACGUCGCCUCCAAAGGUCUGGACUUCCCAGCCAUACAGCAUGUGGUCAACUAUGACAUGCCAGAGGAGAUUGAGAACUAUGUGCACAGAAUAGGCAGAACUGGACGUUCGGGGAUGACUGGAGUUGCAACAACCUUUAUCAACAAGGGAUGCGAUGAAUCUGUUCUCAUGGACCUCAAGGCCUUGUUGAUCGAAGCCAAGCAGAAGGUCCCACCGGUUCUCCAGGUUCUGCAGACGGGGGACGAAACCAUGCUCGACAUUGGAGGAGAAAGAGGUUGUACGUUCUGCGGCGGUCUGGGCCAUCGUAUUACAGACUGUCCCAAACUGGAGGCCGUGCAGACGAAGCAGGUCACCAACAUCGGGCGCAAAGACUACCUGGCUCACAGCUCUAUGGACUUCUGAGUCUGCUCUGUCAGCAGCUGUGUGAGAUACUUAAACGUCGAAGCCAAGAAAGCAUUUUUGGCGUUGGACCAACUAGUUUUGAAAAGACGUGUACAGUUCAGUAUCAUGUUCAAACUGAAUAUAGACCUUUGUAUCUUUUUUAAGUGAGCUGUGGUUUUGUAUUUGUGGGUGGGUUUAUUUCAGGCCGGAUUGAGUCAUGUGGUUUAAGCGCGCUGCAAUGCAACAGACCUUGUCCAUGAAGUUGUUACCGGCGUGAACGUUGUGAAAAAACACUUCUUUAAUCCUCAUAUUGUGUGUUUUUUUUUUCCUUUUGGCUUAAUGAAAAGCUGCAAAAAUAAGAUGUAAAUAAAGUUUUUGAAUGUA